GAGGAGCGGCCGAGAGCGGACAAAAUGCGCUGCCGGCUCCCGAGCCCCGGCUGUCUGAUCACCCUGCUGACGGCGGCGAGCAUCCUACCCCCGGGAGAGCCUUACUUCGGAUUGACCGGGAAGGAGCCGCUGUCCGUGCUUUCGAAUCCGGUGCCGGAGGAUUCGGGCUCUGGGAAGGUUCACCUGAAACAGUGUGACAGCUUGAAGCUGUUCCGUCGCCAGAAGCGGCUGUGCCGGAGGGAGCCCGGUUUGGCGGAGGGGCUGCGGGACGCGAUCCGCCUCAGCGCGCUCGAGUGCCGCUACCAGUUCAGGACGGAGCGCUGGAACUGCAGCCUGGAGGGCAGGGCUAGUCUCCUCAAACGGGGUUUUAAGGAGACAGCCUUCCUGUUCGCUAUCUCUUCAGCUGGACUUACACAUUCCUUGGCCAAGGCUUGUAGCUCAGGCCGCAUGGAGCGCUGUACCUGUGAUGAGUCCCCGGACCUGGAGAACCGAGAAGCAUGGCAGUGGGGUGGCUGUGGGGACAAUCUCAAGUACAGCAUUAAAUUUAUCAAGCACUUCCUGGGACAGAGGAAAGCCAGCAAGGACCUGAGGGCCAGGGUUGAUAUGCACAAUACCAAUGUGGGCAUCAAGGCUGUGAAAAGUGGUUUGAAGACCACAUGUAAAUGCCAUGGUGUCUCUGGGUCCUGUGCAGUUAGAACAUGCUGGAAGCAACUCGCAUCCUUCCAUGAAACAGGAAAGCUUCUCAAGCUCAAAUAUGAAACUGCAGUUAGAGUUCACAGCAUCACUAAUGAUGCCACAGGAGAAACUGAGCUCAUCAGCCCCAAAAAGCACAGUUACACCAUAAAGAACCACAUCCCAAGGACUACAGAUCUCGUUUACAUCGAGGAGUCCCCGAGUUUCUGUCGACCGAGUAAAUACUCUCCAGGGACUGCGGGCAGGGUCUGCUCGAAGGAGACAAACUGUGAAAGUAUGUGCUGUGGCCAGGGUUAUAACACCCAGAGUCUCCUGGUGCAUAGACCCUGCCACUGUCAGGUGCAGUGGUGCUGCUAUGUGGAGUGCCAGCAAUGUUCUCAAAGAGAAGAGAUUUACACUUGCAAACACUAACAAUAAGAAAUUAAGACAAUGUGGCAAAGACAGCGAAGAAGAGGACGAGAAAAUACAAUCAUGACUCCUGCCUUGUCGUCUCUUGUAAUGAUGAGACAAACUUAUAUAAACCCAGGAAAGAGACAUGUGAAAGGUUAGAGCUAAGUUUCAUUGACCCCAUUAUUGAAAAUACAAGCAUUUGGAAUUUAAAGAACCUUAUUUCAGAAGAUUUUUACACAGGUCUCUUCAUUCAGGAAAUUCAGAUCUAUCCAACUGUUAGAACAGUCCAAAGUGUGUGCUGAGAUUUCACAUUGACUGUUACAGUUGGCCAAAUUGAUAGAAGCCACACAAGAUGGUUUUAGAAUGCUCUCCUUCAUUUCAUUUCAGUUAAAGAGUGACCAGUAAAUAAAUAAUGACCCACAAAGGUAUUUUGACUGAUUAAACAUGUUCUCUUUGAAAUUGUGGGUGCAGUGCUGGGGAACAGGUGAAACUACUUGUUAUCCUUGGGCCAAUUCUAUAAGGAGUGCAAACAAAACCUCCUAUGAUACAGGGUGGGAAAGGGACUGCAACUUCCUCUGCCCAUCAUUGUUCAAAGGAGCCUUCACCUUGUAGUCAGAUUGAUGGAGGUUGUUGUUUAACCUGUGCUCAAGUUUUGAACCAACAUACCCCCAGGACAGCAUUAACCUUUAUCUGGGUUUGUCCCUGUGUUCCUUCUGCUGUUCUGCCACUCAGUCAUCUGCAUAGCGUGCUGUUAUUGAAAUACAGGCACAAUGAGUAAUGUUCGCUGAAGCUACAAAUUCCUGGCUAGUGAUCACAACGUCCCGAGGGUGAAAUGACUGCGUAUUGACAGACUCUCACAAGUCUUUCAAAAAUAAUCAAUAGUUAACAAAAUGUAGAACAAGGUAAUAUAACUUUUAGCAAAAGAAAAUGCAAAUCUUAAAAAUCAAACCUGCCUAUAAAUCUUGCUUAAUCUAAAUCCUGUUCUCAUGCUGUGGUGUGUGAAUGGCUAGUUCUGUUCCCAGAACAGGGACAUCAAGCCCAAAUUUUGUGGUGAGUUGGGAAGUGUCUGCUUUUACCUUUGACCUUAAGGAAAUCUGCCCACAAGGACCUAGUGAUUUCUGUGAUGUGGAUUUCACAUUUCCAGGCAUUCAUUUUUUUUGAUUCUGGCAUCAACUCUAGAAGAUCUUUUGCGUUUAGUAAUAGUGAGUAUCAUCAAGCAGGCUAAGUGGCCUAUAAUACUAAACUUUUCUCACAGACAGCAAAACAGGAAGUAAAAUGCACUGAGUUUUCAAUACUUCUUAACCAUUUUACAGAGAAUGAAAUAAAAAUUGAUACAUACACAUGGGAUUAAGCUAGAAACUGAAAUACUGUAAAUAAACUUUAAAACAAAAAUUAUCUUUAGUUACCGUUAAAACUUGCGGAACUUUUACCAUAAUGGAGAAAUUUUACAUGCUACAAGUGAGAUUUGUUUUUCAGGAUCAGAGAGGUUGCUUAUAAAUAAUUAUGAUCUAGGACGGAGAUGAGGAGACAUUUCUUCACCCAAAGAGUGGUGAGCCUGUGGAAUUCAUUACCGCAGGAAGUAAUUGAUGCCAAAACAUUGAAUAGAUAUAG